GGGCGGGACACAGGCUGGCCGGCGAGGCUGGGGCUCCGGCCCGGCGCGAGUGCACGCGGCGGUGGCGGCUGCAGCGGUCGCGGAGAGGCUGCCUUCCCCCCCCCCCCACCCCCUCCGGGGCGCUCACACUCACACGCGGGCAUACACACGCACUCACAUUCACGCGGGCACACGCGCGCCUGCGCGCCCCGGGAACAAUGCCCCCGGUGUCCCGGCCGGGGGCUCUGUGGGGCUGGGGUCCUGGCUCGACUCGGCUGAUCCCCGGGGUCCGGGGACGGCAGCAGGGAGCACAUCAAGGAAGGACAUAGAAGUGUGUGUGGCCCAGGAUGAAUUCGGGCACCUCCUGCCCAAGAUGCACCAGGCUGCCCCUCUGACCUCUGGGCUUCCGAAGAUGUCUGCCUGCAAUGAGUUUGUGGAGCACAUCUGGAAGCCAGGAUCCUGCAAGAAUUGCUUCUGCUUGCAGAGCGACCACCAGCUGCAGUGGUCAUCCUCGACAGUCCAGCCUGGGGCCCCCUGGAGGGGCCCCCCAGAGGAGGAGAGCUGUGGCCCUUCUCUCUGCACCAAGCCCACCAUCGCAGUGAAGCCCACCAUGAUGAGUACAGAGAACACGGACGCCUGGGCUGGGAUGGAGGCGUGCCCUGAGGCCCCACAGGUGCUCUGGAGGCCCACGCCCAGCAAGCUUCCCUUCCCGGAGCACCAAGACACCACGAGAACCUUCUCCAGCAGCAGCCUCAGCCCUCACAGCCUCGCUGCCGGCUCCCGGCUAGGUCUGCCCAGCCUGGCGAGGCAGGGGAGCAAGGACAAAGGGGGCCUCGAGGACUGUGCCACCCCUCCCUAUCAGGAAUCACCACCCACCGGCCACCAGAGCUUCCACCAGAAACUGGCCACUUUCUUAGAGAGGGCGGGGAGCAGCAACUCACCCCACCUUGAAGGCCUGCCUGCUGCUUCCAGGGGCAAGGAUCUGCAGCCCUCACCUGGCGGGGACCUCGACGGGGGAGAGUACUGCUCUAUCACUGAUUGGUGUCCUGCCAGUGCGCCAUGCCCCAGAGGUGGACACAGGAAAGCCAAACCUGUGCCCAGGGGUGCAGAUGAGACUGCAUUGGCCAGUGAGGAGGGCUGGGGUGCCAGCCUGAGCAGGGAAUACUGCUGUCAGGAGCCUCCAGAGAACAGCUGCCCCUUCACCUUGGCCCACAGGAAACUACCCCAGGCCUUGGAGGCAGCCAGUCUGUCUGAUGGCCUGUCCAGCCCCCUUGCCAGGCAUGCAGACAGUGACUACUGCUCCCUCUCAAGGCAGCCUGAACUGAGGAGACCCCAUGGCGCAGGCCCAAAUGGGGGGAGCCCUGACAAAUCCCCAGGGUCUCUGGCCCACUCCCCAGAAUGCAACCCGCCAGAGCCUAUCUAUGCUGAGAUCACCAAGAGGAAAAAACCAUGCCCAGCCUCUUCCACCCUGCUAGGCACAAGUGAGUGGACUGGGCAUAGCCCAGGCCAGGACCCAGCAGGGGGAAGCUGGGGCUGGGGGAGGCCCAAGCCUGACGUGGCACCCCAGGUAGCGGCCAAGGUGACCAUCGUGGCUGCUCACAUGGAGGAUGACCAGCACACCGUCUACCUGAGCAGUCCUGACUCAGGAGUGGGUGUGCAGUGGGCUUGUGGGCACAUUGGGCCAGGUCUGGAGGACACCCCCAUGCGACCAUUAGAGACUAGUCCACAGGAGCAGCCAUUCCACAACUGCCUGCCUGCCCCAAGGGGUGAGGACCUGGGAAGAAGAUGCCUGGCCAUCCCCGCCAAGGUCUGCAAGGGGAGCCCCGGCGGGUCUCAUGGGUCCCCGGAGGGCUCUCCGCUAGCCCAGCUCAAGGAUGGGUGCUGGAGCCAGCCAGCUGUCCCAGGUCCCACAGACACUUUGUCCUCUUCCUCCUCUUUCUCCUCCAGUGCUAGAGAGCUCAGCCGGUGCCUCAUACCAGCUCAGUCUUCCUCCUGGGACCAGAGAAGGCCCCGCUUCCAGGUGGGGGCCAGGAGCUACCAGGGUAGGAUAGAAGAGGAAGAUGCGGAGCUGGAUUCAGGGCCAGCCAGCCCAGGAAUGGCCAGGGAGGUGGAGUCAUCCAGCUGCAGCCAGCGCUCCCGGGCAGAGAGCAUCUCUGAGCAAUCCAGCCGAGCCGAGGGAGGAGCUGGGCCUGGCAUGAGCAAGUCAGCCUCCUUUGCCUUUGAAUUCCCCAAGGACCGGAGCAAAGCAGAGGACUUCUCACCUCCACCCCCUCCUCCAAAGUCAAGGCAUCUUCUAAGAAUGAACAAAAGUAGUUCUGAUCUGGAACGGGCCAGCCUCAGCUUGGCAGAAAGCCUCAGCCCCACUGGGUUCAGCGGCAUUCGCGUUCACUUCAGCGCUGGCUCCACGGACAGCCUGACCUCUGACUCCCAGACCUGCAGCGACGGAGGGCUUGCCUGCGAGCCAGCCCCCUGCCCCUCCCCUGGGUGCCCUUCAGACCAUGGCUCUCCAUGCGGGCCCCUGCAGCCCCCUCCGCUGCCCCAGAAGAAGACUGUUAGCCGAGCCGCAUCUUCUCCCGACGGCCUCUUUCUGGCCCAGGGCUCCUCUGGCCGCCGAGCCUCAAGCCCCCGGCUGAACCCCAGCCACUCUGAAACAAAUAUCUGCCAUCCUGAGGACUCUCGCUUCCCUGGGCCCAGGCUGGGGGGCCGCACUAGGGUCCCUGAGGCCCAGCUGCAAGAGUUCCAGGGCUUCUCCCCAUCUUCUUCUCAGCUGAGUGUAUCCAGCCAGACUUCUGCCUCCAGCAGCCAGCAGCAGCUCCCCAGCCUCCUCACCAGCAUCACCAGCAAGGAGGCCACGUAUGCCAAGCUCAGUGGCCUCUAUGCCCAGUCUCUGGUGCGCCUGGCUGCCAGGUGUGAGCGCCACUUCAUGGGCAGCCAGGGAUCAGAGCCACACUUCAGUGAGAACAGCUGGUCUCUCUUCAAGCUGACAUGCAACAAACCUUGCUGUGAGGCUGGAGAUGCCAUCUACUACUGCGCCACCUGCUCGGAGGAUCCCUCCCGGCCUUAUGCGGUGAAGAUAUGCAAAAUGCCGGUGUCCAAGGGGGCAUCUUACUGCGACCUGUCGUUGCCUAUUCACUUCAACCUUCAGCAGGACUGCGGCCACUUCGUGGCCUCGGUGCCCUCCAGCAUGCUUCUGUCUCCCGAGGAGCCCCAGGACCAGGACUGCGCUGUCGUGAUCACGCGGGAAGUGCCCCACCAGACGGCCGCCGACUUCGUGCGGGACUCAGCAUCCUGCCACUGGGCCGAGCCUGAGGCCUACGAGCGGCGGGUCUGCCUGCUGCUGCUGCAGCUGUGCCAGGGCCUGGAGAGCCUUAAGGAGCACGGCAUCACGCACCGGGCGCUGUGCCUGGAGAACCUGCUGCUGGCGCCCUGCCCGGGCACCUCCCCGGGGGACCAGCCACUGCCCCGCCUCAUCAUCAGCAACUUCCUCCAGGCCAAGCAGCAGGCGAGGGGCGGUGGGGGCGGUGGGGCGGACGAGCAGCAGAGGAGAACCCAGGCUCGCCUGGCGCCCGAGAUCCUGGUGGCCGCCCAGUACAAGAAGGUCGACGAGUUCCAGACGGGUAUCCUCAUCUACGAGCUGCUGCACCGGCCCAACCCUUUCGAGGAGCGGGCCCAGCUGCAGCAGCAGGACUACCGGGCUGACGACCUGCCCCCAGUGCCCACCCUGUCCCUCUACUCCGCCGGCCUGCAGCGGCUGGCCCACCGGCUGCUGGAGGCCGACCCCAUCAAACGGCUGCACAUCGCGGAGGCUAAGCGGGCGCUGCAGUGCCUUUUGUGGGGACCUCGGCGCGAGCUGCUGCAGGGCCCACUGCAGAACUGGCUGCACAUGAAGCGAGCCCUGCUUAUGAUGAAGCUGGCGGAGAAGGCGCUGGACGACCAGGCUGCCGUGGAGCUGGAGGACUGGCUCUGCUGCCAGUACCUGGCCUCGGCGGAGCCCACGGCUCUGCUGCAGACGCUGAGGCUGCUGCAGCCGCUGUGAGCACCCUGGCCAGGAGGGCGCCUGGAGCCAGGGGACACAUAGAGAGACACACAUGGCCAGACGUAUGCAUGGGGCCAGAGGGCGCCUGGAGGGACACACACACAUGCACACUCAGAGACCCGCACGGGGCCCCUCCUCCCGUCAGUCACUAGGUGGGGGCAUCUGUUGGAGGUAAUGUCCACUCUGGGGGCUGCAGGCCCUCUCUCCUCACGUAAGCCCACCAUGAAGCAGCAAAGCAAGCCAGCGGCGGGUUUGGGAUUGGCUACACCCCAUCCUACUGUCUGUCAUGGGCGGCAAAGAGCCAGGGCUGGAGCCGGGCUCCUCGCAGACUUCCAGAGCAGAAGGGACCUCUCUGGCCUAGCCCAGCUCCUCCUUUUGAGUAUUUGGUUGGUUCGUUUUUAAAUGGAACUUUUAUUUGAUUCUACCUUUUAAAAUUAAUGAGCCUUUAUUUUCCCCACUGCUCCUGCCCCAUUG